ACGUGGUGGGUGAUUUGAUUUUUCCGCCGCCACUAAGAAAUUUUGUGAAUCCAUAUCCGGUUGGAAGUGCUCGGGGUGAUUCAAUAUUUGUGAUAGCGGUUUUCAUUUGUUCUCUCAAAGAAUUCAACCUGCUUUGUGAUAUUUUUUAAUCGAAUUCUGCGCUUGCAUUGUAAAAGUUAAUGACUAUUGAUCACGAGAGCAAUGGCGGAUCGAAAAGAAGAAAUUGGAGAAUGGGUUUGGUUGGUGGCAAAGAAGAAGAACACGGAAUUCGACAUUCCCUAUGCGGGACGUGUCGUUCGAACGCAUGCUGGCAAAACUUUGAUCGUGGAUGAUGAGGGCAUCGAAAGCUGGGUCAAGGAUGACGAGAUCAUCAAACCGAUGCAUGUCACAUCCCAGAAAACGGUCAACGAUAUGAUAACGCUCGGCGACCUGCAGGAGUAUGCCAUUUUGCGGAAUUUGGUUGUCCGAUAUCGCCAGAAGCAAAUCUAUACCUACACCGGAAGUAUGUUGGUGGCGAUUAACCCGUACGAAAUCUUACCGAUUUAUACCUUCAAUGAGAUCAAUCUGUAUCGGGAUAAGAAAAUUGGAGAUCUGCCUCCGCAUAUUUUUGCCAUUGGAGACAGCGCCUACCAGGAGAUGUGCCGAGAUGGGAAAGACCAGUGUAUUGUGAUAAGUGGGGAAUCUGGGGCAGGGAAAACGGAAAGCACGAAACUGAUUCUGCAGUACUUGGCAGCGACUAGUGGAAAACAUUCAUGGAUCGAGCAGCAGAUCAUUGAGUCCAAUCCCAUUCUGGAAGCUUUUGGAAAUGCUAAAACUGUGAGGAAUGAUAACUCGUCCAGAUUUGGCAAGUACAUCGAUGUUCAUUUCAACCGUGAGGGGGUCAUCAGUGGGGCUAAAAUCGAUCAGUAUCUGCUGGAGAAAUCAAGAAUAGUGAAUCAGAACAAGGGCGAACGCAACUAUCACAUUUUCUAUGCCAUGCUAGCCGGCAUGAGUAGGGAGGAGAAGAAAUCGCUGGAGCUUGAGGACGCUUCGAAAUAUCAAUAUCUGACAGGUGGUCAUACACUGGAAUGUGAUGGAAGGAAUGACGGAAGCGAAUUUGCGGACGUUAAGGCUGCUAUGAAAGUUUUGACAUUUACCGAUCAGGAAAUUAUUUCUAUUUUUGGUUUGCUGGCGGCGAUUCUCCACCUGGGAAAUAUCAAAUACAAAUCAAUAAUUGUUCAAAAUUUGGAUUCAGUUGAAGUAAACGAUCCAUCGAAUGUCACCAGAGUGUCUAACCUUUUGAAAGUAGCCAAAAAUGCUCUGGUAUCAGCUCUCACGCGCAAGACGAUCAUUGCUCAUGGGGAGCGUGUAGUGUCCAAUAUUUCUAAAGAUCAAGCAGUCGAAGCGAGGGAUGCUUUCGUUAAAGCCAUUUAUGGGAAAAUUUUCAUCAUGAUUGUUGAAAAAAUCAAUCAAACAAUCUUCAAAUCAGUAAACAAGUCACGCUUAUCGAUUGGAGUCUUGGACAUUUUCGGCUUCGAGCAAUUUGAAACCAACAGUUUCGAACAGCUGUGUAUCAAUUUUGCCAACGAGAAUCUGCAGCAAUUUUUCGUUAAACACAUCUUUAAGAUGGAACAAGAGGAAUACACACGCGAGGGAAUCAACUGGACUAACAUCGAGUUUAUCGACAAUCAGGACGUACUGGAUAUGAUCGGAAUGAAAACACUGCACAUAAUGGCGUUGAUCGAUGACGAGACUCGCUUCCCUAAGGGAACGGAUCUGACGAUGCUGGAAAAACUGCACAGCACCCAUGGUUCGAAAACCAUCUACCUGAAGCCCAAAUAUGACAACGUGGCAGCGUUUGGAGUGCAACAUUUUGCGGGGAUUGUGUUCUACAACGUCAAAAGUUUCCUGGAAAAAAAUCGCGAUACCUUCAGUCCGGAUUUGAAAGAACUUGUGACCAAAAGUGGAAACGAAUUUCUGGUUCGACUUUUUGCCACGGAUGAUUCCCUGGAUACGUCCAAGAGGUCUAUUACGCUAUCGCUACAGUUUAGGAACUCGUUGGAAGCACUCAUGCGAACGCUGUCCGCCUGUCACCCGUUCUUCGUCCGAUGCAUCAAACCUAACGAGCACAAAAAGCCGAAGAUUAUGGACAAUAGCCUAUGUGUUCGGCAGCUGCGAUACUCCGGCAUGAUGGAAACGGCCAAAAUUCGUAAGGCAGGAUAUGCGAUCAGACACACGUAUACGGAGUUCGUUGAUCGAUAUCGACAUCUGGGGAAAAACAUCGGCCCAGCGCACAAGGUCGAUUGCGUUUUGGCAUCAAAACAAAUCUGCGAGAGGGUUCUUUCGAAGGUCGGCGAUGAUUAUCAGUUUGGAAAGACAAAAAUUUUCCUCAAAGAAAGUCACGAUUUUGUUCUGGAAGCGGAACGUUCCAGAGUGUAUUUGCACUAUGUGGUGCUCAUCCAGCGAGCUUUCAGGAGAGUUUUGUUCUUCAGGUACAUAAGAAAAUAUCGGAAUGCCGCGAUCACGAUUCAGAAGCAUUGGCGUGCAAGAGGGUAUCGAUCCAACUAUUUGGUUAUGCGAAAUGGUUAUCGUCGGUUGCAGGCAGUUAUCAAAUCUCGUGAACUGACCUACAAAUUCGGUAGGCUGCGGGAGGCGAUAGUUUAUCUGCAGGCGCAAUGUCGUGGUUAUUUGACACGCAGAAAUCUGAGAGAUAAAAUCACAUACAAGGCUCAACGCAUGAACGAGCUGCUUGCGUUGAAGCGCAGAGAAGAGAUCCAAUUCAAACAGUCUGGCAACAAGCGCUGGCGAGAGGAUGCAGAGCACAACUACAGGAUGAGGGUAGACGAGUUGAAUCAAGAGAUGGCUUUGGAGGCUGAGCUAAGAAAAGCGGCCACCGUUAAACCGCAACCGGCGAUCAAUGUUGAAGACGACAAUAAGGUGGUCGAUGACGUGUUUGGAUUCCUGGAUGGUCCGACCAGUCCCGAGCCGAAACCCAAACGGAAAACUUCAUUCGCCGAAGGAACCGAAUCGUCCGACAGCGAAGCUUACCACCAAGGGUUAGAAGACGGGAAAAAUUUUCCCUACCGCGAGGAUUUAUCCGAUUAUAACUUUGCAAAGUAUGCGGCCACAUACUUCGCCAACAAUGCGUCCUACCAGUACAGCAAGCGCAAGCUUAAAUCCUCGCUGCUCGAUUUACCUAGCCCGGCCGACGUGAUAUCUGCGCAGGCGUUAUGGAUAACAAUUCUACGCUUUAUGGGUGAUAUGGCAGAGGCCAGAUACGAAGACGAUAGUGAAGAGGUCAAGAAUAAACCGGUCAUGCAGAAGUUGGCCGUUACCUUGGGAAGGAAUUUUUCCAAGACGAAAGAUUUUGAAGUGUUCCAGCAAAAUUUGUCGGAGCACGAGCGGAAGUUGAUCCACCGAACGUUGAAGCGCAAAUCAAAGAUCCCAACCGAGCUGAAGGCUUUGGUAGAAAAUACCGAUGAAAUAUCGGACUAUCAGGAGUUUUUGAACAACCGGAGCUCCAAUUUGGACAAGUUGCACUUUAUAAUAGGGCACGGAAUACUGAACAAACAUCUGCGAGAUGAGAUUUACUGUCAGAUUUGUAAGCAGCUGACGAAUAAUCCGAGCUCAAUUUCGUACGCCAAAGGGUGGAUUUUACUUUCGCUGUGUGUAGGAUGUUUUGGACCAUCUGAGAAAUUCGAAAAGUAUUUGAGGUCCUUCAUUCGAGAUGGGCCGGAGCUUUACGCGCCGUACUGUGAGCACCGUUUGGAUCGUACGCUGAGUAAUGGGAUCAGAAGACAGCCGCCGACGUUUUUGGAACUGCAGGCUACCAAGAGCAAACAACCAAUUAUGGUUACCGUGACUUUGAUGGAUGGAGCCAGUAAAAACGUCGAGAUAGAUUCUGCCACAACUGCAAGUGAGAUGUGUGAGAAGAUAGCAUUCGGUGUGGGGUUGAAGGAUGUUUUUGGGUUCUCGAUUUUUGUCAUGCUGCAGGAGAAAGUUCUCUCUUUACAGAGCGGAAACGAAUUUAUCAUGGAUGCUAUUUCGAACUGCGAACAGUACUUCAAAGAACAGGGUGGCAGUGAGCGAAAUGCUUCCUGGAAGAUAUUCUUCCGCAAAGAGAUGUUUGCACCCUGGCAUGACCCUGCUGUCGAUGCUGUAGCAACGAACUUGAUCUAUGCUCAGAUUACGCGUGGAGUAAAUUUGGGCGAAUUGGUAAGCACCUCAGAUAAGGACAUUGCAAUGUUGGCAGCGCUACAGUACUUUGCUGAUUACGGUCAUGAGAUGAAAGUGGAUGUCUUGAAGGAACGUUUGAAGGAGUACAUUCCUAGAAAUUUGGUUCGACCAGAGACAGCCCUACGCUGGAUUCAGCUUAUCGAGACUGCUUUCAAGCGCAGCAGAUGCGUCAAAGAGGGUUUGCAACGCAUCACAGCUAAGGAGGAUAUUGUUUUGUUCGCUAAAAUUACGUGGGGUAUGAUGUUCUCAAGAUUUUAUGAAGCUGUGCAGACUGAGGGAAGUAAAUUACCAUCCAGCAACAUUAUUAUUGCUGUCAAUUGGUCCGGAGUUUUCUUCGUUGAUGAUCAAGAGAACGUUUUGGUUGAGCUGUCUUACCCGGAAAUAUUGCAAAUCGAUGGCGAAGAAAGUGACGUCAAUGACCUGGGUACACUUUUUAUCAGCACAAUUCAGAAAGAUGAAUUCGUGUUCAAAUCUUUCGAAGCGAAAACCUUGGCGGACUUGGUGAACCAUAUUUUGAAGGAGCUGAAAAGUAGAAGUAUCUAUGCCGUAGCAACUCAAACGCAUUCGAGUGAAAGUGAGGGAGAAUCGAUGCUGAGUCUGCUCAAAGGAGAUUUGAUAACUUUGGGUCAAGGUUUUAACGGAGAAACAUUAUUGGACGAGGACACCACUUGGGGUUAUGGAGAGUCCAACGGUAAAAAGGGCUAUUUCCCGACUGAAGUGGUUUACGUUUUACCUGCUUUGCUGCCACCACCUGCUAGUGUGCUUAGUUACUAUAGGAAAGAAGGUGUGCUGAAGGCAAGGAAACAAAUUGCUCCAAAAUACAACACAAUUCAGAGGAAAAAGAUGCAUACUCUACAGAGAUAUGCAUCCGAACACUUUAGAGCUCCGAUAAGCACUACGGCAGCGCAUGCCUCAAUCAACAGCAUGAGAAAAUCAACCUCUGAGGAGCUUUGGAAGCAUACUCGUGAGCCAAUGAAGGCACCUCUACUUCAAAAGUUGCAACGUGACAAGUCCCAAUUCGAUGCUGCCGUCAUUAUGUUCAACUGGAUUCUGAAGUACAUGGGUGAUCUUCCGAGGGGUCGAGACACUUUCAAUACUGAUAAGAUCUUCCGCCCGGCGAUGAACGAUGAAGUACUGAGGGAUGAGCUGUACUGUCAGAUCAUGAGGCAGCUGACCGAAAAUCAAAUUUCGGUCAGCGAAGAACGUGGAUGGGAUUUGCUGUGGCUGGCAACCGGAGUCUUUCUUCCGACUCAACCUUUGAUGAAGGAGCUAUUUGAUUUCCUCAAAACACGGAAGCACCCAAUAGCUACCGGAUGCCUGGAGCGCGUUCAGAAAAUAUUGAAACAUGGACCUCGCAAGUUCCCACCCUACGUGGUCGAAGUGGACGCCAUCCGGUGUCGAACAGUUGAGAUCUAUCAUAAGGUGUAUUUCCCUGACGAUACCGAUGAAGCCUUCCAGAUUGAGUCUUCAACGAAGACUAAGGAUCUUGUGCAAACCAUAACCAAACGUCUGGAGUUGAAAUCCAGCGAAGGAUUCAGUUUGUUCAUCAAAGUAGGUGACAAAGUGUUUUCCAUGCCUGAAGAGUACUAUAUGUUUGAUUUCAUAAACGAACUCAUGGAGUGGAUCAAAGAAACUCUUCCGUCAAGAACGAAUGACAACCGCUUCCAGUGCGAGUACCAAUUAUUUUUCAUGAAAAAGCUAUGGGUCAAUGUGAUUCCUGGAAAAGAUACUUUCGCAGACGAAAUAUUCCAUUUCCAUCAGGAGCUGCCGAAACUUUUACAAGGUUAUUAUAAAAUAACAAAAACGGAAGCCGUUGAAUUGGGUGCAUAUGUUUUCUGGGCCCAAUACGAGGAACAAGACACCCUGGCUUUGCAAAAAUCGUUUGCUGACAUGCUGCCUCUACUAAUACCGGAAGACAGCUUGAGACUACAGAAGAUCGAUCAGUGGAAAAAGGAACUGCUGGCUAAGAUCAAAACUCUGGCAGGAAUUCAACAAUCAGCAGCUAAGCUUGAGUUCCUUAACAUUGUUUGCAAGCUACCGAUGUUUGGAUCCACAUUCUUUGUAGUGAAGCAAACUACGGAUCAGAACAUGCCAGAAACGCUACUGGUUGCCAUCAAUAGAUAUGGAUUCCACUUGAUUGAUCCUCGUACAAAGGACACUCUUGCGCAGUACACGUUCAUGGAACUUAACUUCUGGAGCUCCGGCAAUACGUACUUCCAUGUUAAGUUUGGCAAUAUGAUGGGAUCAUCGAAGCUGUUGCUGGAAACCAAACAGGGGUACAAGAUGGACGACCUGCUCACUUCGUAUAUACGCUAUUUCAAAACGCACGGCCAACGUCACUGAUAUGUUUGGAGGAAGAAUAAUUGGGACAACUAAUGGACGUGUAUCUUAUUGUAACAAUAAAAAUGUACUUGAGUAUAAAACUUCAAACUAUUUAAAUAAACUGCGAUAUUAUAUGACUUCUA